UGAUCCCACUUUGGUAGUUUCCAUUUAGUUAGCUCUCUCUCUCGCUCCAGCCAAAGCAAAAUUCCUUCUUCUUCUUCUUCUUCUUCUUCUUCGUUCUGCGAGCUCGUUCUGCAAGCUCUCCUCGAUCGGAGAUCGUCGACCGGUUCCCGGAUCUGAAGGAAUCGGAGCCUCGCCGCCGAUCCCCCGCGCAGCUCCGGGAAGAAUCCGCGCCGAAAUCGGCAGCUCCCGCUCGGCUCCGGCUCCGGCUCCGGCUCUUGCUCUUCUACGGGGAGGGGGAUUUUGGAUGAAAUGGAUGGGGAAGGCUUGAUCGAGCUCAAGUUCAGGCUCGCGGAUGGCAGCGACAUUGGUCCCACCAAGUACAGCCCCGCCAUGACGGUGGCCUCGCUCAAGGAGAAAGUGGUGGCUCACUGGCCCCGAGAGAAAGAAAAUGGUCCAAAGACACUGAAUGAUGUAAAGCUUAUUCAUGCUGGAAAGAUACUGGAAAACAACAAGACACUUGCUGACUCCAGACUGCAAGUUGGUGAACUUCCUGGGGGUGUCAUCACCAUGCAUGUUGUUGUGCGUCCUCCUGUUUCAGACAAAAAGAAUGGAAACAAGAACGAGUCAUUCAAUAUGUCGAUGCGGAAGGGAAAUGACUUUCAAUUUGCUUUAUUUCAGAAAAGUUGCGGGAUGAAUCUAUCGGGAAACCUGGGUGUUCAUGCUCAAUUUUGUAGCUUCAGAAGUCUUCCGCUCUUUGCUCACCGCAAACAAUAAACAUCCUGCGUGAUUAGAGAACGAACGCCUUCCGGAAAGAAGCUACCGGAAACAAGACCAGACACGACUAUUUGCUUAUUUUCUAUUCCAUAUUUGGCCUAUCAAACAAUCGAAGUGUUUUGUGUUUCUUACGGAUAUAGAAGACAUGGAAAUUUUCUUAAGCAGAGCGUCACGAGUUGCAAGAGAGAAUUCAGAGAAUGUCUCACGGCCAAGAGGAUGGCCAAGAGGUUUCUGAAGAUGAAGGUCUGUGCCGUGACGCGGAGAACCUCCUGUGCUCACUUGGAUUCCCACCAAGUCUCCUCCUAGAAUUUUCCAAGGGCGGGCGAAACUAUCAUUGUGCUGUAUUCUAAAAGUUUCUAGCUUUAUUUAUGUCGAUAGAUGAUAAUUGUCAUUAAUGUUGGUGAUUAAGGCGGUGUGAUCUUAUCUGCCGGAUAAACUCUAGAUCAACGGAUGCUUAUUUGUAUCC